CCCGGCGUGAAGUCGUCAGACGCGCUUCCUCGUGUAGCUCAACGUGAGCGAGAUCACCUUGAACGUGAGAUUACCUUCCUCGUCACGUGCGCGAUUUCGACAAACACCACUGGGUGUCUCGACAAAGCAUUGGCCUCGACCGCAACGUUUAAGUGAAUGCUGCGACCCACGCUCGUUUUCGGGUUUUUUUAUUCACCCGACUGCCUAAGCCGGUGCACGUUUGAUGAGAUUGCGUGUGACCAAAGUUUCUUCACUACCACCUCGACUCUGCUACCAUGAAGCUGUGUAUUACAACCCUGGUGAUGUGCCUGACGGCGGUGCUGACGGUCGCCACUGCAUCCAUGACCAAGAGGAAGCCGCAGACACUCUCUCGAGGGUGGGGCGAUGAGAUCGAGUGGGUGCAGACCUACGAGGAGGGGCUCUUCAAGAGCCAGAAUUCCAACAAGCCACUGAUGGUGAUUCAUCACCUGGAGUCUUGCGAAUACUGCCAGUCCCUCAAAAAAGCAUUUGCCUCGUCACAAGGGCUGCAGAAGAUGGCAGAUGAAGAUUUCAUCAUGCUCAAUCUCAUGCACGAGACGACGGAUAAGAACCUGAGCCCGGACGGGGCCUACGUGCCGCGCAUCAUGUUUGUGGAUCCAUCCCUGACGGUGCGAGCUGACAUCACGGGACCCUACCACAACCGACUGUACACCUACGAGCCCAAGGACAUCGAUCUCCUGAUGGACAACAUGAAAAAGGCCAAGCAGCUGCUCAAGAACGAGCUGUAGGGCAGGGGCCCUCUCCCAUCAGACGCACGUGGUGGCACGGUGCAGUGCCUCCGUGCGUCUGUGCGCUGCCUCUGGCCUGCAGUAUCCCGAACGUGGACUCGGGGAAGGCUUACAGACGACGCACACAAAAUAACAAGCACACACUGAUAAAUGUCUGUUGCCUUGUAUGUUAUUUUUCUUGCUCUAAUCGAUUGACAAGCAUGUUUUGUUUUCCCCCUUUCGCAAUUGUGCUUUCUAAGUGUUGGAUUUUGUGUUACAGGUUAAUGCCUCCGUAAUUUUUUCACCGAAAUCAUCCCAUGUGACAUUUUUACUUUAACACGCAUCUGUGAAGUACAUGUUUGCAGUAAUGAAAUGGAAACUUACUGAAGCAACAACGUGGACAUCUCUAGGUGCGUGCAAGUGUGUCUGGUUGUUAAAAUAAAAGUCAAAACCCAUGUG